GCCGGAGGGCCUCUUCUCAAAUAUGCGGCCGAUAACACUGUCGGUAUUUACUAUUUACGCUCUUGAGCAGUGCACGCCCGAGCUAUCGCAGAAGGGUUGCGGUGAUUGUCUAUUGACGGCAAUCUUAAAGAUCCCUCAGGUCGCCUCUAGGAAAAUCGGAUGCAGAAUUCUACAACCCAGCUGUAAUUUGAGAUAUGAGACCAUACCAUUUUUUGCAGCCGUAGAUGUUAUUCCUCAGCCACGGCCGUCGUCCCCAUUGCUCUCGCAGUCUUUACCUUCUCCAACAGAAGGAAAUGGAAACGGAAAUGGGAGCAACACAACUCGAAUAUUAAUUAUUGUUCUCGUUGCUUCUGUCGUCGGCAUUCUGUCACUUGUCCUCUGUAUUUGGAUCUGUUUAAGACUUAGAAAGCCAAGGGAAAUAGUCGAAAAUGCAGAAGUAGAUGAAAUGAUCAAGGCCGAGUCUUCGCAAUAUGACUUAGCCACUAUUCGGGCCGCAACUAGUAACUUCUGUGUUGAAAAUAAACUUGGACAAGGAGUAUUUCGCGCAGUUUACGAGGGCAAUCUUCCAAAAGGACAAGAAGUAGCCGUGGAAAGGUUAUCCAGUGCUUCUGGACAAGGAGACUUAGAAUUCAAAAAUGAGGUCCUUUAAGUAGCCAAACUUCAACAUCGGAAUUUGGUCAGACUGCUUGGUUUCUGCUUGGAAGGAGAUGAAAGGCUUCUCAUCUACGAGUUUUUGCCAAACACAAGCCUUAAUCAUUUCAUUUUUGGUAUGUGCAUGCCUUUAGAUUUUGCUCUUGAUUCAGAUUUCAAUUUUAUUCAUAAAUAAUUAUAAUGAGU